GCUGGGCGCCAGCGUUUGAAUGGAACCUUCUAUUGAGUGUCGCUUCUUGUUAGUGUUCUUUGCCGAAAGUAAAGACUCGAUUCUUAAGAAUGUAAAAACGGUCGUAAAUAUCAGGCUACGGUCUGAAGUCAGUUUCUCAUUAUGGAGAACAGAGAGAAGAGAUCUUCAUCUCCAGAACACAGCUGUUUGUCUAUGAAGAGUGACGCAUCCAUGGAUCCUCCUGUUCAUUUCAGUGAUGGAGCAGUGACCUCUGACCCCAGGAGGAGGAAGAGUCUGAGAUCUUCAUCUCCAGAACCCAGCUGUGUGUCUAUGAAGAGUGACGCAUCCAUGGAUCCCCCUGUUCAUUUUAGAGAUGAAACAGUGACCUCUGACCCCAGGAGGAGGAAGAGUCAGAGAUCUUCAUCUCCAGAACCCAGCUGUGUGUCUAUGAAGAGUGACGCAUCCAUGGAUCCUCCUGUUCAUUUCAGUGAUGGAGCAGUGAGAUCUGACCCCAUGAGGAAGAAGAGUCAGAGAUCUUCAUCUGCAGAACCCAGCUGUGUGUCUAUGAAGAGUGACACAUCCAUGGAUCCUCCUGUUCAUUUCAGUGAUGGAGCAGUGACCUCUGGUCCCAGGAGGAAGAAGAGUCAGAGAUCUUCAUCUGCAGAACCCAGCUGUGUGUCUAUGAAGAGUGACGCAUCCAUGGAUCCUCCUGUUCAUUUCAAUUAUAAAACAGUGACCUUUGACCCCAGCAGAGUGGAUAGAGAUGAUCAGACUGGAGAACUGCAGCAGGAUUCUCCUCAACCAAUGAAUGAUGAACUACAGAGAGUCAAAGACCAACACACAACCAGCAUGAAGAACAAGUAUGAGAGAUUAUUUGAGGGAAUGAAACUCCAAGAGAAUGAAACCCUCCUGAACAGGAUCUACACACAGCUCUACAUCAUAGAGGGAGAGAGUGAAGGAGUGAAUGAAGAACAUGAGGUUUUACAGAUGGAGAAAUCACAACACUCACAAGACAUUCCAAUCUACUGCAAUGACAUCUUUAAAGCCUCACCUGAACCAGGACGUAAGGAGAAACACCAGAUCAAGACUGUUCUUACUAAAGGAAUCGCUGGAAUCGGAAAAACCAUCUCUGUGCAGAAGUUCAUUCUGGACUGGGCCGAGGGAAAAGCCAAUCAGGAUGUAGAUUUCAUGUUUGUGCUUCCAUUUCGAGAGCUGAACUUAAUCCGAGAUCAUCAGUACAGUCUUCACAGACUUCUGCUGGACUUUCAUCCUGAACUUCAAGAUCUGGACUCAAAGAUUUAUGAGGAGUGUAAAGUUGUGUUCAUCUUUGAUGGUCUGGAUGAAAGCAGAAUCACACUGAUGUUUUCAGACGCUCAGAAAGUUUCUGAUGUGACUGAGACUUCAUCAGUGGGUGUGUUAAUGUCAAACCUCAUGAAAGGAGAUCUGCUUCCCUCUGCUCUCAUCUGGAUCACCUCCAGACCAGCAGCAGCCAAUCAGAUCCCCUCCAAAUACAUCAACCGUCUGACAGAGAUUCAGGGAUUCAAUGAGCCUCAGAAGAAGGAAUAUUUCAGGAAGAGAAUCAGUGACGAGCAUCAAGCCAGCAGAAUCAUCUCACACAUCAGAAGAGCAAGAAGCCUCCACAUCAUGUGCCACAUACCCGUCUUCUGCUGGAUCUCAUCCACUGUGCUUCAGAAGCUCCUGAAAGAAGAUCGGAGUGCAGAAAUCCCUCAAACUCUGACUGAAAUGUACAUCCACUUCCUACUGAUUCAGAUCAACAUGAGGAAUCAGAAGUAUGAAGAGAGAGAUCCAGAGAAACUCCUCCAGUCCAACAGAGAAGUGAUUGUGAAACUUGCUGAAGUGGCUUUCAAUCAGCUGAUGAAGGGCAAUGUGAUGUUCUAUGAGGAGGACCUGAGAGAGAGCGGCAUAGACGUCACUGAUGCCUCAGUGUAUUCUGGGAUUUGCACUGAGAUCUUUAAGGAGGAAUCUGUGAUUCAUCAGAAGAAAGUCUACAGUUUCGUUCAUCUGAGCGUUCAGGAGUUUCUCGCUGCUUUCUGUGUGAUUUACUCCUAUUUAACAAAGAACAAGGAGCUACUGAAUGAAUUUUACAGAUCUGAUAAAGUCUCUCUGGAUGAUCUACUAUCAGCAGGAGUAUAUAAAGCCCUCAGGAGUCCAAAUGGACAGCUGGAUCUGUUCCUGCGGUUCCUGCUGGGCGUCUCACUGGAGUCCAAUCAGAGACUCUCACAGGAUCUACUGACACACACAGAGAAAAGUUCAGAGAGCAUCAGAGAAACCACACAGUACAUUCAACAGAAUAUCAGUGUUGGACGUGAACUCUCCACUGGUCAAUCCAUUAAUCUGUUCCUCUGUCUGCUGGAAGUGAAAGAUCAGACUCUGUCCAGAGAGAUUCAGGAGUUUAUGAAAUUAGAAAAACACUCAGAGAAGGAACUCUCUCCUUCUCACUGCUCAACAAUCGCCUACAUGCUUCAGAUAUCAGACGAGGUGCUGGAUGAGUUUGAUCUGAAGAAUUACAACACAUCAGAUGAGGGGAGAAGAACUGUGAUCAACUGCAGAAAAGCUCUUCUUGCUGGCUGUAAUCUCGUUGUUCAGUGUGGUGAGAGUUUGUCAUCAGCUCUUCAAUCCUCAGACUGUGUCCUAAAAGAGCUGGAUCUGAGUAACAAUGACCUACAGGAUUUAGGAGUGAAGCUUCUUUCUGAUGGACUGAAGAGUCCAAACUGUCAGCUGCAGAUGCUGAGACUUGAUGGCUGUAAUCUCACUAUUCAGUGUUGUGAGAGUUUAUCAUCAGUUCUUCAAUCCUCAAACUGUGUCUUGAGAAAGCUGGACCUGAGUAACAAUGACCUACAGGAUUCAGGAGUGAAGCUUAUUUCUGAUGGACUGAAGAGUCCAAACUGUCAGUUGCAGAUACUGAGUCUUACUCACUGUUAUCUCACUGGUCAGUGUUGUGAGAGUUUGUCAUCAGCUCUUCUAUCCUCAAACUGUGAUCUGAGAGAGCUGGACCUGAGUAACAAUGACCUGCAGGAUUCAGGAGUGAAGCGUCUCUCUGACGGACUGAAGAGUUUAAACUGUCAGCUGGAGAUACUGAGGUUGUCUGGCUGUAUGGUGACAGAGGAAGGCUGUGGUUUUGUGUCUUCUGCUCUGAGUUCAAACCCCUCACACCUGAGAGAGCUGGAUCUGAGCUACAAUCACCCAGGAGAUUCAGGAGUCAAGCUGAUGGACAAACUGAAGGAUCCAAACUGCUCACUGCAGAUACUCAAUGUGGAUCAUGGAGGAGAGAUCAGGAUCACAGCAGGACCACGAAAGUAUGCCUGUGAUCUCACACUGGAUCCAAACACAGCAAACACUCGUCUCAUUCUGUCUGAGGAGAACAGGAAGGUGACACAUGUGGAAGAGCAUCAGCCGUAUCCUGAUCAUCCAGAGAGAUUUGAUGAGUGUCCUCAGGUUCUGUGUGGAGAGAGUCUGACUGGACGCUGUUACUGGGAGGCUGAAUGGAGUAGAAGUGCUGUUAUAUCAGUGGCAUAUAAAGGAAUCAGUAGGAAAGGAGAGAGUUAUGACUGUGUGUUUGGGUACAAUGACAAAUCCUGGAGUCUGUUCUGCUCUGAUAACAGAUUCACUCUCCGUCACAAAAAUAACAGGACUGUUAUACCUGCCGUCCAUUCAUUCUCUAAGAGAGCAGGAGUGUAUGUGGACGUGUCGGCCGGCACUCUGUCCUUCUACAGCAUCUCUGACACACACACACUCACACACUUACACACACUCAACACCACAUUCACUGAACCCCUCUGUGCUGGAUUUAGGGUUUAUGAUGAUUCUUCAGUGUCUCUGUGUCAGAUUAAACAACACACACACACACACACUUGUAAGUCCUCUUUCUAAUGUCCACAUGCACAGAGUCUUCAAAUCUCACAUAAUUACAUUUGUAUUAUAGUUUUUUAAAAUUGCUUAAACACUAAGGGCCAAAUUUACUAACAGCUUGCGCCAGUGCAAACCCUCUUUUGGCAUUAAAAAAAUACUGAUUUGCUAAAGAUACACAAUGCAAAAUUAGCAUUGAAAAGUCAUGGACUGAGUUGUUUUUGUGACUGACAUUAUUGCAUAUGCAUUUGUAGGAGUUUCUCUUUCAGAUGCAAAAUUUAUGGGAGGAGAGUAUUUAAAUGAAUCAUGCAAUGCGAUUUACUAAGAUUAGCACUCGUCAAUUUACUGGUAUUUGUGCCAUUAUUUAACGCCCAAAAAAAGCAUGUCUUGACCCACACCUGAUUAUUUGCAUCCCAACGCUAAUUUGCGCUGCUCUUGUUGGAUUGCAUUGGUCAUUAUGUAAAUGAUUUGACUAGGGGUGACCCUGAAUAGCUGACGAUUCGAAGCUUCGAUAGGAGGAGCCUGAUUCGACUACCGAUCUCCACAGUCGAAUCUUCGCAGAGGCGUUAUGAGAUGAAAUAUGGGGAUGCUCAAUAUCUGAUUUUACGCAGACCUACCAGUUUUCUCCUAAUUCGUUAAUAUACAGCUUAUUGUGAUAAUGCUAUAAAUAAAACAUGUGAAAAAAAAGAAUCUGUUAAUAAAUAUUUUUAAUGUGCUGAAUAAAUCUAACCACCCCUGUGACCGAUUUAAGUUUCACUUCCAUGAUCGUGACCGACAGAGAAGCAUCUUGGCAGCAGGGAUUAAAUCUUUAACAGUGUCUGGGAUAAGAAAAUCUAAAGUGUAGAAUUGGAUGUAGGCUACUUUGGAAUGGUAAAAGAUGAUCCAAAAAAGUGUGGUGCACUUCUGCCGGCCAAUGUUAACGAGCUGACUAAUGUUAGCUGACUAGCACACUAUUUGAAAAGACUCAAACGGACACAGGCAGAUCGCUUGAAAGACUGGAUUUGUUUCGAUCAGGUAGGGUACAAGUGAUUUCAAAACAUUUCAGCCAGUUCUAAUUUGAUUUUUGGAUGCUGUGAAUGUUUAGCUAAAAAGACUGCCACUCCAGUUUAGCGUUUAUUAACAAUAUAUUGUCUCUGCAGUUAAAAAGACAAAAUUGACAAUUCUGGCUAUACUUUCGUUAUUUUAAUAAUUUAAUAAUUUAAAUUUAUUUAUUGAUCACUCUGGGUUAUCUAAUUUAACUAUUUGUGGCUUGUGUUUUGAUGUUCCCCUGCACUUUAGGCAUUUUGCAGUUGUGACUUGAUUAUGACUAUUUCAUACAUUAUUAUUAUUAUUAUUUAUUACAAUGGUAUAUUCUGUUCUAAUUAAAUUCUGUAAAUUAAUUUUUGAUUGUUUUUCGUUGCAUCGAUGUUGCGCUGUAGAGUUAAAGCUUGCUCGCACAGGCAAUUUAGGCAAUUUUUCAUAUGUGAAAUGCAUAUCUAUCUGCAGUCUGGCCUUUCUGCAGUUAUUUAUAUAGGCAUAUAUAUUUUAUAAUCCAAAAUGUUUUUAUUCAUUUUCUAUGUUUGUGUGGUGUUCUGUAGUGGCUGUGAAUGUUUAUCCACAUUGCCUUUCAUUCCGUGUGAGAGAAAAUAAACAGUUGUCUUAAGGCGCGGGUAGGCCUUACUUCAUUUUCUGCGUCCUGCUCCAUCUCGUGCACAGCCUUUCAAAGUAGCCUAUUCUCCUUUGGCCUUGAGCGAGGAGAGAGUCCCCCCCCCCUCGCACACAUAUAUAUGAUUUGACUGUCAGUCGACUAUAGGCAAUUUGAUUUGACUAUGUAAAUCCGUAGUCGAGGACACCCCUAGAUUUGUCUGCAUCUUUAAUUUACGCGUCAGCAGUAGAUCACAUGCAAAACUUGCCACUCCCAUUGCGCUCUCUCGCUAAUUUACCCCGUUUAGUAAAUCUGGCCCAAUUGUACAACAAACUUUUUGCAAAACACCAAACACAGUUCUCUACAUUAGACACAUCAAUCAAACACUAACAGCUCUUGUGUUUCAUUUGGGAAACACUGGCAUUUAAAUGACAAUCAUUUCCCAAUUACCUACAUCUGAUGAUCAUGUGUGAAAACAAAUAUACAUAAAUUGUUCACUUUGAAAUCAAAACUCAAUGUUUUCAGAAAUAAAUAAAUAAAUUAUUUUUACCCCUU